UAAAAUAUUAUUGAUGUAUGUAUAAAUGAUUUGAAUGUUUAAAAUAGUAUCAUAACUGAUAUUAUUACUAUUAUUACGAAAACGACGACAACGAAAACGACGCUGAGGUUAGUUGAUAAUCAUAUAGACCAUGUCAUCUGAAAGUGGAUUAUUUCGACGUUCAUCAUUGCCUUCACAAAUACAACAACAACAACAACAACAGCAACAACAACAACAACCACAACUCCAAUCUCAGUCUCAAUCCAUGUCAACAUUUAGUUCUGAUAAUUCAGGAUUAUUAACAUCAACUAAUAAUAAGACUAAAAAAGAAUGUUUUAAUUUUGAACCACAACAAUGGCGUAAAUCUGUUUGUAAAAAUUGUUUUCGUACACAACCUGAACAUCAUAAGUUAAUUAGUAAUAAUUUAAAGGAUGAAAUGAAUUCAACUUUGAAAUCUCAAUUAUCAUUUGAUAGUAAUGUGAAUAUUAAUAAUAAUAAUAAUAAUAAUAAUAUUAGUGGAGUUGGUUGUGUUGUUGUGUCUGAUAAUACUACUAAUACUACUAAUACUUCUAUUAGUAGUAGUACAAUAACUACUACUACUACUACUACCGUUAAUAGUAGUUGUGAAACAAAGUCACGUGAUUCAUCAAUUAGUAAAAAUAACAAUGGAUUAUUUGGUAGUAAUACAGCGGCUAGAGCUGCUGCAAGAAAAAUUGCAGUUGGACAAAGAUAUUCCGAUUCAGAUGUUCGUAAUCAUGAAUUAAGAAAAUCCACUAAUCUUGUGAAUACAACAAUUGGACAACCGCAACAACAACAAUCCACAAUUGGUAUUAGUCAUUCAUCAGCAUCAAGUAUUGAUGCAAGAUAUGUGGAAGAAUUAGAAAAUGAUUUUUUUGCAUUAGAAGAUAAACAUGAAUUAUUAUUAAGAGAACGUGAUGAAUUAAAUAUAGAAUUAGAAGUGAAAAUUCGUACCAUUAGUGAAUUACAAGCUACAUUAGAUCAAUAUCGUGAAAAAGUUUCACAACUUGAAAGACGUUGUGGACAUUUAGAAGAAGAAGUGAAAAGUUAUCGAGAACGUUUAAAACUUCCAGAAAGUGAUCAGAAUCAUUCACCGAAUACAAUCAUUUUGGAACAACAUCAACACCAACAACAACAAUAUUCAAUUGGUCCUACUGAUAUUCAUUGUAGUGCAGAACUUCAACAACGUCUUAAUGAAGUGGAACAAUUAUGUCAAGAGGUUAUGGAAGAGAAUGAACAAUUAAAAGAGGAUGUUGAAGAAAUGCAUCGAGAAAUUGAAGAGAUGCAUGAUCAUUUUCAAGAAGAGGAUCGUGAUGCUGUACGUGAACUUCAACGUGAUCUAGAAGCAGCUAAUAAAGCUUGUAGAAUAUUACAAUUUAAAUUACGUAAAGCUGAAAGACGUUUUGAACAAUGUGAAGCGGAACGAGCUAAUUUAGAAGAACGAUUAGCAAGACUAGAAUCGGAAUUAUAUAGUGAAGCAGAUGUAGCACAUAUACAUAAUUUAGAGGAGGAAUUACGUGUAGCCAAAGAAGUUGGUGUACGUUUAAAUAAUGAAUUAGAUUUAUUAGACGAGAAACGUGUUUAUUAUGAAGAAGAAAAUCGUCAACUCAAUGAAGAAUUACAAACAUCACAAAAUAAACGAAUUGCUGUAGAAAAUGAAUUAGGAAGACUUAAACUUGAAUUUGAUAAAUUGAAAAAUGAAAAAGGUGCUAUUGACAAAGGACCAUUACAAGUUACGGAUAAAAAUAGAUCUAGACAAAGUGUUUCAUUGUCACGUGAAGAAUCUUUUGAAGAACAUCAAAUUGUACGUGAUUUAGAAGCAGCUAGAGAACGUGAAACUGAUUUAUCAGAACAAUUACGUUUUGCUGAAGAAGAAAUAAGAAAAGUGAAAAGACGAUUAAAAGAAUCACAAGCAGAAAAUGAUAUAUUAUCUAAAAAGAUGGGAAAAAUUGUUUCAUUACAAUCACGUGAAAAUCGAUUAAUUGGAAAUACUGAAGAACAACAAACUGUACCAUCAAUUAGUCCAUCAUGUAAUAAUACUAAUUCAACUAUUCAUUUAGAAUCAACUAAAACUUUAUUAACUGGAGUAGCUGAACGAAUCAAAACUAAACUGAAUAUAGAUAAUGAACUAAGAUCAAUUACAAUGACAAAUCGUUUAUCACAAAAUAUUCCCAAUAAUGAAUCAAGUAAUUUGUCCAGUAAAGAAACUUUCCCGAUAGAUAAUGAUGAAUCAAAUUCUCAAAUUAUACAAAAAACUACAAUAGAAUCACCAUUGAAUAAUGAUGAAUAUAAAGAAAAAUUUGAAAUGGCGCUAAAAGAAAAUGACAAAUUAAAAUUAAAAUUACGCGAUACAGAUAAACAAUUAAAACAAAUUCUACGUGAUUUACGUGUUUUGAGUAGUUUUGAAAAAUCGGAUAAUUGGUUUGAAAAAUAUAAUGAUCUACGUGAAACAAUGAAAGAUCAAGAGAAUGAAAUAACACGUCUGAAAAAGAAGCUGAUUGAAUUACAAGAUGACAAUGUUAAACUACGUAUUAAUGAGAAGAAGAUAGAGAAACCAGUUAAAAGUUGUAAACCACGUACUAUACGCUUAGAAUCAAUGAGUCAAGAACUAUUAAUUGAAGAGAUUAAAAAAUUAGAAGAAGAAUUAGAUCAAAAAACCAACGAAAUUAAUGAAGUAAAUGAACAAAUCAAUAAUGUCCGACAUCAUUAUAAACAAUUUGAAGAAUCAACCAUAGAAAACUGUACAGAAUUUAAUCGACGUGAAAGUGAUCUAUUGAAAUGUUUAAGUAAUUUACAAAGUAAAUCUACCGUAUUCAAUGAAUUGGUGAUAAUGUUAGAAGAACAAAAUAAUAAUUUGUUAUUAGAAAUAUGCAGUCUUCUCAAUGUGAAUUACACAAUGGAAGAUCAAUCAUCUGUAACUAAGAAAGUUGAUGAAAUUUCAAAUGAAUCAGUUAAAACAGUAGAUCCAUAUCAAAGAAUUCGAUCCUUGGAAAAACUUCUCUCUGAAGAACAUCAACAUACUUUAAUUUUACAAAAACAUUUAGAAAUAGCAUCGAAAUCCAAUAUUUCUAUUGAUCAAAAUUCUAUAAAACAAUUAGAUUGUAAACGAAGUGAGAUAUUACAAAAAGAGUUGGAUGAAAAAGAAGAAAUACUUGAUGCUCGUGAUGAACAAAUUGCUGAUUUAAAAUCACGUGUUGAACAAAUGCGUAAAAUGAAUGAAGCAAUGCGUGCAUUAAUGGAGAAGGAACCAAGUGAAAUCAAGUCACAAAAACUGGGGACCAAUGUUGAAAUAACUAGUUAUAAAAAAGAAAUUGAAUGUAUGAGAAAAGAAAUGCAAAUUAUUCGUAAUAAUCUUACACAAGCUGAAAAAGUCAAGAGAAAUUAA